GUUUGCUUGUUGCUUUCCACGCGUACGGUUCGCAUUUGCUUAAGAGCUCUCUUUCUCUUCCGUGCGAGUGUAUAUUCUAUAAUAGCCACAAAAGGAAAGCCCAGAACAAACAUUUUUCCAACGUGCCCAACUAGUUUUAUGGUGUUCGCAUUUGGGAAUUUUAAGUGCAAGCACAAACAACCACAGCAACAGCAACAACAACAACCACAACCACAACAACAAUGACGACAUCCAAAUGGAUUUGGAUUUGGAUCUGCCGCCUGGCACUAAGCAUCUUACUGGUUUCGUGCUUGGUCGCCGCAGAGACGCCCAGUGGUUAUCAUCGCGAGAUUUGCCAAUACCGCAAGGGCAAACCGAUGCAACCCACAAGCGAAUAUCGAAAUCGCUUGCUGGCAAUACGUGAACAGAUGUUGAUUCGCGCCACAGUGGAGGGGCCACAAAUCUUUGGCUACAUACUGCCCUCCACCGAUGAGCAUCUGAAUCAGGAGGUGGCGGCACGCGAUCAGCGUCUGCAUUAUCUCAGCGGCUAUUCGGGCAAUCGGGCAUUUGCCGCCAUCACACAGAAGGGCGCCGCCAUUUGGCUAGAUAAUAGAUUUGCCCGACAGGCGGAUGGGGAAUUGGACUGUGACUGGGAGAUCUUUCUAACCGAUGGCAAUGUGAGCAUUGCAGACUGGCUGGGAAGUCAACUGCAUAUGAAAAAACGUGUUGGAGUAGAUCCACAACUGGUUCCUCAUCAUCUCUGGCUUACUUGGGAACGUGAACUGGCUGCCAAGUUUCUAACGCUGGUCAGAGUCAAUAGCAAUCUGGUCGAUAUGAUUUGGGAUCCAGAUCGUCCAGAACCGCCCAAACAUCAUGUCAUUGAAGUACAACAUACUGAAUUUGCUGGCGAAAAAUGGGAGGACAAAGUGCGGGAGCUGCGUGGUCGACUUAACCAUUUGGGAUGCGAUGCCAUGGUGGUUACCUCUCUAACAGAGAUUGCCUACCUGCUGAACAUUCGCGGCACAGACAUUCCCUAUACGCCUGUAGUAAAGUCCUUUGUGAUUGUCAGCCACGUAAACGUCUCUUUCUACGUGGAUGAGGCCAAAAUGACCACCAACAUUGAUAUGCAUCUGCGCACGGAUUGCUUCCAUGAAAACUGUGUCAAGAUUAGAAAGUAUCACGAAAUCUGGAGUGAUAUAAGAACUAAUUUGCAAAUAUGGAAGCGUGUACUUGUACCGGCGCCUUGUGUCCAAGAGCCGGGUGCCUCGGAGGCCAUUUAUACGGCUGUGCCGCCCAAUGUCCUUGUAGAGCACAUCUCGCCCAUCAUCUUUAUGCGUGCCCAGAAGAACUCCUAUGAGCAGGAGGGCAUGCGAAAGGCACAUGUACGAGAUGGAGCUGCUAUUUGUGAAGCCAUGUGCAAUCUAGAGACGAGAUUCUUUACUGAGCAAUGGACGGAGGAGAAGAUUAAGUACGAGGUCGAGCUAAUGAGACUGUCGCAGAGCAACUCCAAGGGCUUGUCCCUGCGUACAGUUGUGGCCUAUGGGGAACACUCCGCCCUGCCCUACUACAUAUCCAGUAAUGUGACCAACAUUGAGGUCUCCGAUCAGAGUCUGCUGGUCAUCGAGUCUGGUGGACAGUAUUUGGAAGGCACCACAGAUGUGUCACGCACUUAUAUCUUUGGCGAACCUACACGCGAUAUGAAGCGGGCUUAUACGGCGGUACUGGCAGGUAUCCUACAUAUUUCCAAUCUAAUAUUUCCCGCAUCCGUGAAGCCCUCCGGUGUGGACAGCGUGGUGAGGGCCAAAGUUUGGCAUGAGAUGACCGAUUAUCCACAGGAAACUGGCCAUGGCAUUGGUGCCUACGGAUCUGUUGAGGAGCCUCCAAUCUCAGUGUCCUACGGCCAGAACAGCACCUAUCACUUUAAACAAGGCUACUUCUUUUCUAGCGAAUCCGGUUUCUAUAAACGAGAUGAUUUUGGAGUGCGCAUCAAAAAUGUGCUGGAAGUGUUGGACAGCGGUCGAACAACAACGAGUGGAGAACACUUUCUGGCAUUCCAAGCUGUCACCUUGGUGCCCUAUGAACCCAAGCUCAUCGAUGGCUCCAUGCUGAGUUCCGAUGAGAAGCGUAUGCUUAAUAAAUACAAUGCCAAGAUACGGAAAGAAGUUGGUGAUGAACUCAAGAAACUUGGCAAUAUGAAGGCCUUCUAUUGGAUGAUGAAUAAAACACGACAUAUUCGUGAAUAUCUGCCAGAGGAUGAAUACCGUGCAGCAAUGGGCGGUGGAUGCCACGCCCACAGCCAUUUACCACUGUUCGCACUGGGUCUAAUGAUCUUGGCAAUAUUUAUUCAUCCCAUGUGGCAGCUUUAGAAUCGAUCUAAAUACUUAAGUCUGUAUAUGUAUUUGUAUGUGUUUAUGUAUGUGUGUGUGUGAUAGAGUGGGUGGGUGUAUGACCGGUGUGGAAUUGCCUGUGUGAUUAUGUAGUUUUAGUUAGCAAUGCAAAUUGAAAAGAGAUCCUGGGACUAACAAAUAAAAUGCCAAUAUUAACGGUUAAAAUUUAUUUAAGUGCCAGAAUUGUUUGACCCGGACUAAUUCAUAAACUGCUUAAACCAAUACUUAUGUAAUUCAAUUGUAAAAAAAAAAAACAUAUAAUUAACUUACAAAUAACUGUGCGACAAAAUAUCUGUUAAACUUUUUAUAUUAAUACGAGCUACGUCUAUGUAAGAAAUAUUCGCUGUAUAAUUUUCUAAAUGUGAUUAAACGAACAAUUUAUAUUUA